ACGUUUUCCCCGCCAAAUCGAAUCUUAAAUCAAGCUCAACUUCGCACAGAAGAACAGAAUCGAAUGACUGAAAUCAAUGCUGGGCCAUAAAUAUCUCUGCACUUGAGUUGGCCUCCUUGCUAGUUUUUCCGACUCAUGUGAGCCAUGACGCAGGGAAAAGCCCCACGAAAGUCGCGGGGCGUUGCCAUUGAUUCGCGCCGAGGGGGCGUGUCUGGUGUGGACGAUGGGGCGUAUGAGCAAUCCACGGCGCUCAUAAUACAAACGCCUCCUUUGGCACUCGUAAAAGUGUUUGUGAUGAGUUUAAUUAAAGAUCUGCGAGGGAUUUGCAUUUGCAUUUCGCCCAGCAGAUGGCUCAAUGCGGAAGCCCAAAGCAGAAUGAGUUAUUAUGCAAUUAGCAAUUAGCAUCAAUUGAAACCAAGUCCGAGUCCAAGUCUGAGAUUGAAUGCGUUUGCUGGCCCAAAACACUCGACUGGGUCAACCGCUCAUCAGGCGAACGGCGGGGCAUCCAAGGUAACAUCGUCUCCUACAUUUUCCACUUCCAUUUCCCUUUCCAGCCUCCAGCCUCCAACCUCCAUCUCAUCAUCUCCAUUGGCAUAUCUGGCCUUUGUUUACCCACUUUGAUGCAACGUUUGUGUUGCUGUCAAACAAAUAACGAAACGAUUUGCUCAUUUGUUGAUAUUUGCAUUUCGCAACGGUCUUCGGGGCAGCAGAAGAAGUCUGCGGAUGCCUCUACUCCCCAUAAGAAUGCAAAUCUCGAGUGUGCUAAAGAUUUCGCAAUGGACUUUGCGAUUUCUACGACCUCUUGGGACUUAAACUCCACACGAGGAAACCACAUAUGUGAGCAAAUUCCCCGCUGGAGGGCUAUGCUAUAAAUCGUAUCACAUCACUUGAAUAAACACCAAAGACGCUGCGUCAUCGGAUGGAAGAUCUGUUCAAAGUCCAAAGCGCCUUACUAUAAAUAGGCAAACAAUUGCAGACUGCAGAAACUGGCCGAGUCUUUGCAGAUUUGUAGAUUUUAAGAGAAGACUCCGAUCCGGCUGCCAGCUGAAAGCAAUCUGGCUUAAUCAUGUGAGAAGCGACCAGGCCAACGAGCAGGGAAUGUGGCACCGAAAACAAACGAAAACGAAGAAAAUCGCAGAGGAGGAAGGAAGGAAGGGGGCUAGAGAAAAAAUCCAACUGAAAUCGAGUUUGGCUCCGCGUAACUCAACUUAGUGUUAGUGGCCGCGUAACUCAACUUGACUCUCUCGGCCAAAUCUAAAACCCAACUCCACUUCUGCGGAUCGGGUUCUCCGGGCCGUUCUUGUGUUUCUCUGGCGGAUCGCAUGACUCAACUGGAGAAGGUUUGAAACUGAAAGAUGCAUCCAAGUGGAGAGGAAACGCAUUCAAACAGAAGACGUCUUCACGGGGAAUUCGAUUUACAGGCCAGAGAUUUUUCUGAUUUAAUAUUUAAUAUUAAUCUAACAUGUAUGGGAAUCGGAUGCUUUUU